AUGGGAGCAGCCGUAAAGGACACAAUCAGCAUGCCGCCCCAUCAAAAGCUGGACAGCUAUGCCGGCAUGGCCGCGCAGCGGUCCACAACAACGCAAAAGGACAUGGGCCGAGGAGCAACGGCGGGAUGGGUCAAGUGCCCGCUCUGCCCGCCGCGGCGCAUGAAGCGCUACGCGCGCGGCCGCGGCCUCACGGCGCACCUCGAGGCCGUGCACGGAAGCGCAUCGCUCCAAGAGAAGACGAGCGCCAUCGCCCGGGCGGAGACGGCCCCGCGCACGUCGGAUAGAAGAGGGGACGGGUUUGUUGCCACGACCGAGCCGCCGCUGGCCUGCCGCUUGGCGCGGGACGGCGACGCCGUGGCAUUGAUCGAACUUCUCGAAGCGACGAAGGGCCCCCUGGACCCGCGCCACCGCGACGCGCACGGUUACCGGCCGCACCACUGGGCGGCCGGGUCGAAACAUGGUUGUUUGGAGGCGCUGCUGGACCUGAUGCCGGCGCGGCGCGUCGACGCAAUCACGAGAGGCGAGCGCAUCGACCGGAAGCGCGGCGGCCGGACGGUGCUGCACUGGGCCUGCCGCAACGGCGUUCAUCAAAACGUUGCGCUGCUACUGAGAGAGGACCCCGCGUCAACGGAGCUCCCGACGGCCGACGGCACGACGCCUCUCAUGCUCGCUCUGUAUGCCGCGUCCAUCGAGUCGUGCGACCUCCUCUACCAAGCGGGCGCGCGGAUCCAGAAGCACCGGAACGCGUGGGGCUGCCGCGACGCGCACUGGGCGGCCAUGGGCGCCGACGCCGGCGUGGCGCUGGCCUGGCUGCGGCGUUAUGUGUCGAAGCGGGCGUGGCGCGAUGCCGUGACGGAGCCGCAAGCCCAAGGCCACACGGUGUUUCACAAGGCCGCGCAGCGCGGGCGGCGCGAGGCGAUUUCACGUCUAUUGAUGGAGUUCGAGGACGACGCGGACGCGUUGAUGGCUGCUCUAUCAGAGGACGACGCGGGGCGGACUCCCUCAGAAAUCGCGGCGGCCGCGGGGCACGACGCGACGGCGGCGCUCCUGGCGCGGGCCGAGGCGGCAGUUGUGGUCGCGCGGCGUGAGGGUGCGGAGCGGCGGGCGCUGCGGCGGCGCAAGGCCGCGAUCGCGUGCGUUGUGGUCGGUCUCGCGGCGCUGCGGCGUUUUCGCAGCGGUUGA